AUGCAUACGUUGACGAAGUAUUUGAAGUUCAUCCAAAUAAUCGGCACAGAAUAUCAGACUCACGUUGUUACAAUGAGGUUCAAUUUUUUCAUACCGUUUUUGUUGUUGCUAACAACAAACUAUGUGCUAGCUGAUGAAGAGAAAAAUAAUCAUACAAAUAACUGGGCUGUACUAGUCUCUACAUCAACUUUCUGGUUCAAUUAUAGACACAUGGCAAAUGUAUUGUCAAUGUACAGGACUGUAAAGAGACUAGGUAUCCCUGACUCUCAGAUCAUCCUAAUGUUAAGUGACGAUGUAGCUUGUAAUUCAAGAAACUUAUUUCCAGGGUCAGUAUUCAAUAAUCAAGAUAGAAAAAUUGAUCUUUAUGGUGAAUCAAUUGAAGUUGAUUAUAAAGGUUAUGAUGUAACAGUAGAAAAUUUUAUUAGAUUGUUAACGGAUAGAUGGCCUGAUGAACAACCAAAAUCAAAACGACUCUUAACUGACGAAAAUUCAAAUAUUUUCAUUUAUAUGACUGGCCAUGGUGGUGAUGAUUUCUUGAAGUUUCAAGAUGCUGAAGAAAUUGCUUCUGAAGAUAUCGCUGAUGCUUUCGAACAGAUGCAUGAGAAGAAAAGAUACAAUGAAAUCUUCUUCAUGGUCGAUACUUGCCAAGCAAAUACGAUGUUUUCAAAGUUUUACUCUCCAAACAUUUUAGCUAUAGGUUCAAGUGAAUUAGAUGAAAGUUCUUAUUCUCACCAUUCUGAUGUAGAGUUAGGUGUUGCUGUCAUUGAUAGAUUCACAUACUAUACGUUAGAAUUUUUAGAACAGAUCGAUAAGAGCUCAACACUUACAUUAGAAGACUUAUUUCAAUAUUACACGUUUGAAAAAGUUCAUUCUAAUGUAGGUGUAAGAAAAGAUCUUUACUCAAGAGAUCCAAAAGAUGUAUUAAUUACUGAUUUUUUUGCCAAUGUCCCAAAUAUCAUCCCUGAUUCUUCAAGUGAAAAUGAAUCCUCAAAUAAAUAUAUUAACCUAAUUAAUCUGGCUAUGGACCAAUAUAAUUCAAAUUCAAAAGUGUCAAAAAAUAAAGACAAUGCACUAUCACCAAGUGUUUUAUCUAAGAGCCAGAAUUUUAAUAACAUUGAAUACAUUGAGGAUACUAGAACCGCUAUAAGUUCCAGCAUAAAGACUCUAUUAGUAACAUCCGUUGUCACACUUCUUUGUAUUUUAUUCUAUUUACAAGAAGCAGAAUCAUCAAAAACAUUCACCAAAUAA